AUGACAAACGAGUCCCGUCGUCAGUCGUUGUACAGACAGCGACAUGUCUGUCGCGCGUUGGAAGCGCGAGAAAAUAACACUGGGUUUGAGAACCCCACGUCAUCCAGCCUUACCCAGCCCCAGCUCAAGACACCGGCUUCAGACUGGGCCUUCGAUUCGGUCAGGCCUGUUCCAAGGGCAAUCGAAGAGUUCUCCAUCAGAAGGGAAGCUGCCCAUCGAGCACAUCGUCGACGCUCCACGGGCGGAUCUGGAGCCUCCUACGGCGGCUACAAUUAG